UCAUUUUUUUUCGCAACCCAAAACCUAAGAGGCUAAGACGGAGGAUAGUUCGAACUUCUUGCCGAUCGCGAACAGCGUGAGAGAGACGCUCUUCCCCUCGCCCUCGCCCUCGCCCUCGCGGCCCACCCCUCCUCCGCCUUCAUGGAAUCCCCCGACUCGCCCUAUGCUUCCUCACCCGAGGCCGCCCCCCAGCGAUCCCAGCACGCCAAAUCUCCAGCCCCCGAUGAUAAGAAGCCGACACAUGUUAGGUUUCUGGUGUCAAAUACUGCAGCUGGCUGUAUUAUUGGAAAGGGAGGAUCAACAAUUACUGAAUUUCAGUCACAGUCCGGAGCUCGUAUUCAGUUAUCACGUAAUCAUGAAUUUUUUCCAGGAACAUCUGAUAGAAUAAUCCUGAUUUCUGGAACGGUUAGUGAAGUAAUAAAGGCAAUGGAACUGAUCUUUGAAAAAUUGCUGACCGAGGCAGAAGAGACUAAUGAUCUUGAAAGUGUACCAAAAGUGAGGCUUGUUGUUCCAAAUAGCUCAUGUGGUGGAAUAAUUGGCAAAGGGGGAUCGACAAUAAAGUCAUUUAUUGAAGAUUCCCGGGCUGGCAUUAAGAUAUCGCCUCAGGAUCAUACUUAUGUUGGGUUGAAUGAUAGGCUAGUUACAUUGUCAGGGUCUUUUGAGGAACAAAUGCGAGCUGUCUAUCUUAUAUUGUUGAAGUUAAUAGAAGAUGCUCAUUAUCCACAAACUUUAAAUUCACCAUUUUCCUAUGCAGGUGCUAAUUUACGAGGUUAUCCCAGCGUUCCUGUGGGCUAUAUGAUCCCUUCAGUAGCAUACAACACAACAAAUUAUGGACCAAAUGGACUUGGGGGAAAAUACCCAAAUAACAAGAGUAUGAUGCCACAAGCAAUUCCCACAAGGUCACCUAUGGGGUCUCAUGAAGGCCAAGGCAGCUCAGUCACAAUUGGUGUUGCCGAUGAGCAUAUUGGUGCUGUUGUCGGUCGUGGGGGAAGGAACAUAAUGGAGAUCAGUCAGGUUAGUGGAGCUAGGAUUAAGAUAUCAGAUAGAGGUGAUUUCCUUUCUGGCACCUCAGAUAGGAAAGUAACAAUCACUGGAUCACCGGAAGCAAUUCGCACUGCUGAGGCUAUGAUUAUGCAAAAGGUUUCAUCUAAUUCUGAGAGUUGAUAAGUUCUGUGCGAUUCCGGUGGUUGCUGCAAUUGCGCUUAUGCUAGAUCUGUACAUCAAUUAUUCUGCUGGAUUAGAUUUGUUAGACUAAUAUGAUAGUAGAGUUUCUCUGGGUGGAAGGUGUUUACAAGGCCUGUAGUUAAUAAUACAAAGGGAAAGGUAAAAUGUAUGUCUCUGAUAGCCCAGGAUGAGUGCCUUCUACACGACAGUUUUGGUAGGCAUCUGCACAGAAAAGGAAAAGUGGCUUUCCAAAACAGUAAGUUAGAUUUUGGUGUUUGAGGCCGGAUGCAACUCUAACAUACUGUCUUGGCCAUAUUGAUCAACAGAAGUGUAGUUGAUAUUCUCAUAUAUGCAGCAUGAAUUCUUUAUCAGAUGACACUGGCAAAUUCUCAUGCACAUACAUACUGCUGCUGCUGUGUUGUUGAACUUAAAUAUCUGGUUCUAGGACUUUUCAAAAAAAAAUAUUUCUUUGAUGAA